AUGGCCGUCUUCAAAAAACUUAAAAAGAGCAAAGACAAAGGUGUUCCACUACCAGAACCAGAACCGGUUAAACAACUUGAUAAACGAGUGGGAUUGGAUACGUAUAGGGAUUUUUUCACAUUGAAAAACUAUUGGAAAGCUAUUGAUCGGAAAAGACAGGACUCUGCUCAGUUAUUCUUCAGCAGGUAUCUCAAUCAGAACUCAGAGAACACCAAACUUUAUCCAAAAUUGAAGAAUAUCGAUGGAGCCACUGUGGAUAUGACAUGUAGUGAUUCUGGAUUUGAGGCUAUGGCGGCUUCUUAUCUCAAGGUGUUUGAUGACGUCAUAAGCAUAAUCGAGGAGAAACCGGGCGAUGUUCAAGCGGCUUGUGACAAAUUGACUUCGGUCGGAAAAAUGCACAAAACAAAGGGUGUCCAAGUUCAACCCAAAUCGUUUCAAGCUAUGGAGGAACCGUUUAUGCACAUGGUCAAAGAAAUGCUGCAAGAUCGAUUCAACGAGAAAGCUGAAGGGCUUUUUCGGAAAUUUUUCGAUUUCUGCCUGAAAUAUAUACUGGAAGGUUUCAAUAGCUAG